GGCCGACAUCUUUGUUGAGGGAAGGCAGCAGCCACAGCCGCCAUGGAGGAAAUGCUGACGUCACGGAGCCGCUGCUUAUCUAAUUCCCAUAUACUCCUAAAUUGUGUGGAAACUACGGUAUUACUCAUGGCGGUUACCACCCACUGUUUUUCUCUUGAAGCAGUGGUCUGACUGGUGAUAGUGGCAGCUGGCUGGGACCAUAGGAGCACACAGGCUUCUGUGGGAAGGGGGUGUCCUCCUUGAUGGUACAGAACUGUCUGGGCCGAACUACAAUAGACAGCCACCCCCACGUAAACAGAUGUAAUAUUUAGCCUCUGUCUUACUUCCAUAGUAAAAGACGAAUCUCUGAUCAUGUGAUCAAAAGGUCCUAAACCUACAGAGUAAGCAGUAGGAUGGUGACUGAAGUAUAUUUGGGAUUUUUAUUACAGUCUACCAGCACAGCGCCAAGAAGUAGCCAGCUUUCCUGUGGAGAAUCACAGCACCUGCAUUGUCUUUAUUAGGAAAUAAGAGAGAAAUAUUUGGACAAUUGUCUUCCAAUAAAUGAUUCCUAAGCACAACAUGGUAGAGGAAGAGCAAAUGACUAACUGAUGAGAACUACAAAGAGUAGAAGAUAAUUCUUCAAAAAAUCUCCUCUAAGGUAUACAUAACUGCCUUGUAGCAACAGUAAGAAAACCCAUGAGGUAAAAUCCUUUCACACAUGAUGACAGCUCUUAGUGGAGCGCAACGUUCAGAACUUGUGCAACUGCAGGAUUUCCUUUCUUCACUAACUAUUCUGAUAUGGGGUGUGGACUGGGAAAUUCCAGCCCUCCAAGGAUUUCUACUACUAUUACAGCACAAACAUAACACAAGUCAUGCCAGUUUACGACUAGUCGAUCAGGAUACUUUAGCUAUGGCAGCGCAUUUGCUCAGUGUAAAGGCUUCUCUGUUUGACAUUUCACCUAUAAUUAUGGAACGGUUAUGUGAACUCCUGGACUGUAGCGAUGGAGAUUUAGGAUGGAAAGGUUUAGCUAAGCGCAUCUCUACAGAUUGGAUGGACUUCCGUAAAAUUGAAAAGUGCGCUGAACAAGAUAGAAGCAGAACAAAAGAACUGCUAUGGAGCUGGGCACACAAAAAUAAGACUGUUGGUGACUUGUUGGAAGUUCUUCAAGAAAUGGGAAAUCUAAGAGCAAUCACCCUAUUUGAAGAAACAAAUGUCCUGUCUCGUGUGAAUUUUGAAGAGAUCACAGAAGCAACUCUCGACUUUAACAAGGAUUUCAUGAUUAGAGAAGGAUGCUUUUUUGACAUUUUCAAAGCAGAAGUUAAGAAAGAAGUAUAUGUUAUAAAGCGGCUUAAACAGAAGAAUCAAGACAUAGACGAGAAAACACUGAACAAUUUUAUGUCAAAAUGGACAAGUCUGCCUAGAAUCGAACAUGUGAAUAUUCUAAAAUUGGUUGGAUGGUUCACAAAAGGAGGAUUUACAUGUUUGGUCUACCCAAAUAUGAUCAAUGGAUCACUCUUUCGCAUUCUACACUGUGCCGACAUUACGCCUCCACUGCCUUGGCGAAAACGUUACAAUAUCCUGCUUGGUAUAGCACAUGCUAUUUCCUAUCUGCAUACAAUAAACAUUUCCCCAGUCAUCUGUGGGAACAUAUCUAGCAAAAAUAUAUUGCUUGAUCAGCAUUUUCAACCAAAGCUCUCAGACUUCGCCAUGGUCCAUUUAAGAUCUUACCUGAUAAAUCACAGUUACACCAUAAAGAUGGAUCAUGCCACACUACGGUUCCUGGGAUACUUGCCAGAGGAGUACAUUAGGAGGGGAGAACUGUCACUGAAUACUGAUGUGUACAGCUAUGGAGUUGUAAUAAUGGAAGUCUUUAGUGGAUCUCAAGUUGUUCUCGAUGGUUUGAAAUUUACAUAUCUGAGGGACAUGUUUUGGAAUCAAGUGGAAAAAAGUGGUGUUGAAUCUCUUCUGCAGUUUGUGGAUGUUAAAGCUAAAAACUGGCCCAUUGGUAUUGCAAGCAUACUUUUGGAUAUAGCUAUUAAAGCUACUUCACAGCGUGCCAAGAAGAGACCAACAAUGGAAAUGGUUCUGGAAAUGAUUGAAAGCUGUAGAAUAGCGGACAAGAGCACUGAUGACCAGCCUAUGACUCUCAUGUCUGUUCCACCAUAUUUUUGUCCACUGACUUGGAGCAGUUCCAAUGUUCCGGUUGAAAGUGAUGAAUACCUGGACACUUUGUCAGUGUAUGAAAGUUUGUCUGAAAGAAAAUGUGUCACCAUGUCACCCUGUGAAUGCAGCCAGUCUGAAGUGACAUAUUUAGGUGGCUCAAGGAAAUGUAAAAGUGCUGAAAAUGUUAUAUGUACACUGACACAGGGCAAAAAUACAUCAAAAAAUGAAGAUAAGUUGCAAAUGACUGAUCUAUCUCAUAAAAGCAGGCCGGUGGAGUGUAGCUGCUCCCUGGGACUGGACAGCACACCAUACUGUGAGGAAUGUCUGACAAAUGGUUUUGGCCAUACAAAAUAGAUGAUACAAAAUGAAAAUGAAGCACUUUAUUUACCUCACAUAGAAUAUCAGACAAAUGCAUAUACCCUCAUGACAAAUAUAAUAAGCUUAAAGGAGAACUAUUGUGCAGAAAAGUUUAUCCUCUAUUAACCCCCCCCCCGAUCUCCUCCUCGGGACGGGACCCAGACUCUCCCCAGGAACGGUAAUGCUGUAUUUCCAGAUCUCCCAUAGAGAUACAUGGAGGUGGGGGUGGGGGAUGAGACACUAUUUUUUUCCUGGGGGAUGAGUUUUCCUGCAUGAUAGUUCUCCUUUACCAAGGGAUCUCCAUCUGAUUUGAAUAUUUGUCUUACCUGCAUAUUUUUUUAUCGUCUGUACAUUUCCUUUGGGUUGAAUUUUAUUUACAAUCGGUGAUAGAUUUUAUGUGUUAAUAAUGUGCGUAUAAUACGCAUUACUGCAUUACAGAAUAAGCCAUAGCUUUAUGAUUGGUGGGAGCCUGACUUCUGGAUCACAAGAAUGAAGCGGAUGAAGCACUGGUGCUGUAACCCUUUCUAUGUUUUCUCUGCACAAGUGAAUUCAAGAAAAUGGAGCUGCCUGCUGUUCCUUGCAUAGCUGGGUGUACGGGAGCACCGAUCAUAAAGCAACGGCAUAUGAGAUAUUCUUGUUUUGGGUUUCCAUCUUGUAAUUUCCAUCUUGUAAACAGUAAUCCGUAGGACCUUCUAGGAGAUGACAAUUUUGUAUAAAAAUGUUUUAUUUAUAUUAUGUUAAUGUGUAACUUAUUGUUUAUUUUCAAAGGGUUAUCCCAAAAUUAUAAUUUUAUCACCUAUCAACAGGAUAGAUGAUGAAUAUCUAUUGGGUGUGGGUCUGACUUCUGAGAUCCCCACCAUUCAUGACAACAUGGGUCUCUUGUUUCUUGAGUGAAUGGAGCAGAGGUCAUGCACACCACCACCUCAUAUAUUUAUUUAUUUGGAUUAUAUUAUAAUAAAUAAUACAUAAAAUACAUUCCUAAUUCAGCAUGAUUGUUAUAGGUUAGUUGUGAACUAUGAUGCCGGACUUUUUAAACAGUUCCUACAUCAGAAUCUGUACAGAGCCCGAGAUACAGAUGACACAAUGCAGAAGUCAUGAGGACAAGCAUUUUACAGGCACUGAGCCAUCAGUAAUUGCUGUAGUGGGAUAGUACAUAUUUGUAGGAUCUUUUUAGCCUGUUAUAGGGCUGUUUUUGCACAUGUGCUUUUUACUUUGUUUGGCUGAUUAAAGAGGUAUUCGGGGUACUAAAAACUUUUUCUUAUUGUGCCGGGGCUGCCUCCCUCCGGGGUCCCCCUGUAAAGUCUUCCAGUUCCCUGCUGAAUGUUCGAGCCAUUACUUCUGAGAUGAUCUCCUUUUAGCAGUGAUAGCUCGCUCAGCCAAUCACUGGUUGCUGUGUUGUCUCACCUCAGUCAGUGAUUUGCUGAGAUGACCGUCACUACUGAAACAAGUUUUUCCCGAAAGUAGUGGCUGAAACCUUCAUGGGGCACCCCUGAAGAAGUGAGGUAGGAAGGUAUGUUAUUAUCUUCAUGGCAGCCCCAGCACAAUAGGAGAUACUUUUUAGUACCCGGGUAACCCCUUUAAUGCAAAUAUGCUUUCUCUUUUUUCUUAUAUAUAACUUCUCCAUAUAGUUAUAUAUGCUGUCCUAGACACAUUUUUGACAUCUGCCCAUUCACCGGCCAUGUUAUUUCUGUACUGCACAUUUUUAACAGUUUUUUUUUAAUAAGGAUAAAUGUAUAUUAACUGUAACAAAACAUAUUCCUUUUGAUGUCAUCAUUACAUUAUAGUAGUAAAAAAAGGUUUAAAUGCAAAAAGUCUCCUAAUAUAUAAUAAAUAUAAUUGAAGUUUACAUAAAUAGAAA